AUGCCUGCACCGACUGCUAAAAAGUCGGUUGAAACAUCGCUGUCGAGCGAGCCAGUGGUUGAGAUUGGAAAUGAAGAACCAGAGGAGGUCGACAUGAGCGAUGUUAUUAUCAAUGUCUCCACAACCGUGCCUAUUGAUGUUGAUUCGCACGACCGAAAGGACGAGAUGGUGGUCGAUGCAGAAGGCAAACCAAAGUUUUCCUCAGAGGCUAAUAAUACAGAAACAAUCGACAAGCAGCGUCGGACUAUUGCUGUGCCCCCUCACCGGUUUACUCCUCUUAAACAAUCGUGGAACAAGGUCUAUUUCCCCCUCGUUGAUCAUCUCAAGCUCCAAGUCAAGAUGGACCCUCGCAGGAAGCGGAUCCUUAUCAGAACGUCUAAAGAUACCAAGGAUCGUGGUGCGAUCCAGAAAGGCUACGACUUUUUGCGGGCCUUCAUGCUCGGUUUUGACGUCGAUGAUGCCACUGCGCUUCUCCGCCUCGACGACUUGUACAUUGAAACGUUUGAAAUCAAAGAUGUCAAGACUUUACAAGGUGACCACUUGAGCCGUGCUAUCGGUCGUAUUGCUGGUAAAGACGGCAAAACCAAGUUCGCCAUUGAAAACGCAUCGCGCACCCGUGUUGUUCUUGCCGAUUCAAAAAUCCAUAUUCUCGGUGGAUUCCACAACAUCCGGGUUGCUCGUGAGAGCAUCGUCAGCCUUAUCCUAGGUGUUCCUCCCGGAAAGAUCUACGGCAAUCUGCGUAUUGUCUCUUCGCGUAUGAAAGAACGCUUCUGA